CCGAAUGUGUCUUCGGAGUUUUUGGGCACUGAUUAUGAUUCGGAUGAGGAGCAAGAUGAAACAAGCCAGGAAUUGGGCGAGGAGUUGCGGCGUGAGCAGCACAAUGAUUCGGAAGGCUUUGCAUGGCGACUUCUGCGCCUAGCUCUCGUUAAUCAACAGCUCUAUCGGAUGAAAUCAUUUGUGAGGCUCAUUGGCCUUGAACAAGCAGAGCUGCCAGCGAUGUCGCCUCGAGCUAAUGCUGUCUUCAAACUGUUCGAAAACUGGGCAAAAGAACUUGAUGGGCAGCUGUAUGAAAUGCGUCAUGGAUGUCUCUCUGAUUUCCUUCCGGACAUGUCUAUCAAAAAGGACGAAACGAGUGCAGGUUUGUCAAGAUUGCUUAAACGGCUGAUGCGGCGCUCCCAGUCCUAUUUGAAAUACGGCCAGCAGAGUUAA